AAAAGAGUCGGACCCGGGAUGACGGAAUGGCGGUACACGUUUGGAUUUUGGAGAAUCAUGUUUUAUUUAUUUAUCUUCGCUUGUACUUAACGAGUGCUGGUUGUCCUGCAGUCCUCCACGUUACCGUCACCUUGUACCCGGCACACAGGCCACAUAACCCGGGUUAGGAACGCUCUUUAUCCAACGUUAAGGCUAGCUAAAGCAGAAACGGAAAUAUUAGAUUUGAAAGUAUGCAAUCUACAAUGAAUGAUGUAAUUUAAUGAACAUCAGUUUGUGAAAUCUGUGAGACGGCAAGCUAACUGGGGUCUGCAUCAUACUCCUCACCCUCCAGCCGACCUGUCAUCACACUGGACUUCUCUUACUGCUGAUAGUGUUGAAUUGCACUCACAGGACAUUCACUAAAUACACGAGCAUAACCACACUGAUCUCAUUUUCAAACUGACAGAUUCAUUCUAGAGUACCUAUUUUGGGUUUGAUUGAUGUGUUGAUGAACUUUACAGUUACUGUACGUUUUCUAUAGGACUAUAAAUUGAUUAAUGGCAUUGAAGAUACCACAACAACAAACUCUGACUGACAGCCUGACAGACCAACUCUACUCUUUACUCUUAAACUCCUUACCAAAUAUGUACCUGAACUCCAUUGUGACUCUGAAGCAGGAACCACAUGCUAGUUGAUAGCAACAUUCUGGUGUUGUGACUCUGCCUUGUCUGCCUGUCAGGUUCAGGCUGAUCUUGUCCUUCCUGUUCCACCACAUUUGCUCUCUUGCAGCCAUUUUUUUUCCUUCUCUCGAGCUCUGCAGAGUCAGGGCGACCGGUGAGAGUAGACUGCAGGACUCCAACAGAAGGCCUGUGUGCUUCACGGCCACUAUAGAAAUUGGGUGUGUCACAUUCUUUAACAAAAGGAGAUCUGUGGUCCUGGGCCCGUUGGCCAGUCCUGUUUUGGUACGACCGAGCAGCAGUCUUAUCGAAGGGGUUCAUGAAUCAUGUGUCUUCAUCUGAUCAGUAUGAAGUACCCAAAUGUGGUGAGACAGUGUUGGAUCGACACCGGGCCUAGUUACUGAAAUAUGUGCAUAAACAUGAGUCUAGGGUGGACAGAUUCAGCCAGAAUAUAGACUGUUGAUUUUUCGAUUUAGUCCAAUCAUGCGCUGGGAAGUUUCUCUUCAGAAACACGUGUGUGUGUGUGUGUGUGUGUGUGUGUGUGUGUGUGUGUGUGUGUGUGUGUGUGUGUGUGUGUGUGUGUGUGUGUGUGUGUGUGUGUGUGUGUGUGUGUGUGUGUGUGUGUGUGUGUGUGCGCACACACAUCACCUGGCACUGACUCAUGUCAGCCAAUCAGGGACGGCUUUCACAGGAGAUGUGUUUGCUUGGCUACCGGGUUUGAUCGCGGUGCGGCACAAUCCCUAAGGAUCGAGUGUUGUGGUAGAGGCGAGCUCAGUGGCCUUGAUGCUAGCCCUUUAUUCAAAUACAUUCCUGGUCGACGCCUGUUGUUAUUAAAUGAGGGCUUUUAUAGGGCUACUCCACUAGUUCCCUGGCAGUGCUUGUUCCAUUCAUCAAUAGAUAUAGACAGAAAGUACAACAUUGAAAGAGAGAAUUUUAAAGGGAAGGGAUGGAUUAGUUUGACAACAUUUUCAUGAGUGCACCUUCUGUGUGAUCCAAGAAGGAACUUUCUGAUGCCGAUGAGAAAAUGCUGAGUCAUGGAUUGUUGUCACUAUGAUAGCGACGAUGCAAGCUGCACUCCGCAUGAGGGACAUUUAUUGUUCCAUUAGACGGAAGAUAUCCUUGUCAUUGACCCAAGCUCAAUAUUGCUGAUGCACACGGUGCGCUGAAGGACAUAUCUCUUUCUCUAUCUAUAGCCCCCUCUGCAUCUCUCCCCUGCUCCCGCCUCACCAUCACCUCACCUUGUUACACCCUGCAGGACGCCAAUGUCAAGUGGGCCCCUUGGCUCUGCUUUGUGUUUAGCGCCCUGCUGGUCUGAGGAAGCCCGUGAAGGAGAGCAAGAGGAAAGAGGGGGGGGUUUACAAAUCCAGGAGACCCUUUGUUUAGUGAAUCAAACUUUGCUUAAUUUAUUUGACUCAUCGAGCCAAGCACUAAUGGUUUAUGAGUUUUGUAGGGCCUGACAAUUAAACAAUUAUUUUGACAUAUAUAAUAUCCUUAUUUAGUUGAUUAUCAGUGUUAAUUAGUGAAAGAAAGGACCCCUGUGUUUUAUUUCCUUUUAUAUUCUCCAUCGUCGAUGUGUUGUAUGUGAUCUCACAAGAUUCACAUUCCAUGACAGCGUUUGACAACGUUUGUCCAUAGCAGCAGUUUUAGUUGGCAAUGGGGAAAGCUUCCGGGUUUCUAAAUGAGUGAGUAGAAUGAUAAACCAACAGAGCGAAGACGGGCAGAUUAAGAUGCUGACAAUAUUAUGUAAUCAUCUGCUCAGCAACCAGGUUGUGCCCAACCUGACUUUACACACAAUACUUGUUAGUUUGACACACUUUACCAUCAUUCACACAUUUGAUAAUAACCUGUGAUUGAUAUUCAACAGACUUGCUGACACACACAAGUUAUCAAUAAUAAUUCAAUGUAUUGUUGAAAGGCAAAAACAAACAAAACAUACAAAAAAAGUCACACAUUUAAACUUGAUUAAGCGGGCUUUGCAUGCGAGUCCUGAAUCUGUCUAGCAUUGCUCUCUGAAACUAGCAUUAGCCUCUUCUGCUGGGGUCACUCAUGUUGAUAUCUGUGACCUUGUCGCUGUGGGCAGCUAUGUUUAAUUACACUGAUAAGAGCCCGCAAUAUAAGUAGUUGUUGCGACCCGAGUGUCCAGUUUAAGAGCAGCAGCUCCUCUGAUACUUGCUUAGCGGCGGCCCAGGUGUGUCUGAUGAGGUGACAUGUCCAAACACAUGGAGACGCUGAGGAAAAACAAAGAGGACAAGCUCAGCAGCAUCAGCAAGGCCAUCAACUCCACCGAGGCACCAGUCAAGGAGAAACAUGCUCGUCGCAUUAUUCUGGGGACCCACAGGGAGAAGGGGGCCUACACCUUCUGGUCCUACGCCCUGGGCCUCCCUCUGGCCAGCAGCUCCAUCCUCAGCUGGAAGUUCUGCCACGUGCUGCACAAAGUACUACGAGACGGACACCAAAACAGUCUACAGGACUGUAUGAGGCACCACAGCAGUCUGAUUGAGAUUGGGCAGCUAUGGGGCAACCUCCACGACAAAUAUGGACAGCUGGUGGCUCUGUAUUCCAAGAUGCUGUGUACAAAGAUGGAGUUCCACGUGAAGCAUCCCGAAAUCCGAGCCAACCUGGAAGUCACAGAUGAAGUCCUAGAGCGAGCUGCAGGGACAGACAUCAAUAAUGUCUUCCAGCUCACCGUGGAGGUGUUCGAUUACAUGGACACGGAGCUGAGGGUGGCUGAGACAGUGCUGCGGCAGCUCAACACGUCCAUCGCCAUCUCCACGCUGACGGCGGGCCAGUGCCGCCUGUCUCCGCUCAUCCAGGUGAUUCAGGACUGCAGCCACCUCUACCACUUCACCGUCAAGCUGCUGUUCAAGCUGCACUCCUGCCUCCCAGCGGACACACUACAGGGCCACAGGGAUCGCUUCCACGACCAGUUCCACAGUCUCAAGAAUUUCUUCAACAAAGCGAGAGACAUGCAGUACUUCAAAAGACUGAUCCAAAUUCCUAAGCUGCCUGACUCCCCGCCCAACUUCCUGCACGCCGCCUCGCUGGCCAAACACGUGAAGCCGGUGGUGGUGAUCCCCGACGAGCCGCAGGACGACGAGGACGAUGACCCGGAGCCACUCAUCGAGGUCGGAGACGUCCCCACCGCCAGCAGCGCCCCGACCCAGCAGUUUGACAUCUUUGACCAAACCUUCGGGGCUCCCAACGGGCGCUUUGAUGACCGGGACCAGCAGAUUGAAGGCCUCAAGCGAGACAUGGAGAUGCUGCGGGCAGAGCUGGAGAGGGUGAAGGCUGAGGCCCAGCGCUACAUCACGCAGCUCAAGUCCCAGAUCAACAGCCUGGAGGCGGAGCUGGAGGAGCAGCGGGCGCAGAAGCAGCGCUCCCUGGUGGAGAACGAGCAACUGCGUAUGGAGCUGGAGGCCACGCGGCGCCGCAACGCGGAGCACGAGAGCGUCCAGGCCACCUUCAGCGAGGCCGACAAGAGAGCCCAGGCCACUGAGCAGCGCUACAAUAAGCUGAAGGACAAACACACUGAGCUGGUGGCUGACCAUGCUGAUUUGCUCCGCAAGAGCGCCGACACGGAGAGGAUCCUGACCGCCAGCCACCAGACCCACGAGGAGGUGGAGCGCAUCAAGAUGCAGAUGACGCUCGAGGGGGAGCGGCUCAAACGGGAGGCGGACAUGACGCUGGAGGAGCAGAAGUUUGAGAUGGAGAAGCUGAGGAGGGAGCUGGCUGACAAAAUGGCUGAAAUGACGCAUAUCAAGUCCACUCUGCAGAGCAACGAGAAGGCGGGCGUGGAGCUGAGCGGCUCCAUGACGUCCCUGCAGGCGGAGAAGGAGCGUCUGAUGCGCUCUGUGAGCGAGAAGGAGGCAGAGCUGUCGUCGCUGCGGCAGUCUGCGCUAGCAGAGCAGUCCUCCCUGCAGGUGGAGCGGGAGAAGAGCAGCAGGGACCUGGGGAACCUCCAGAGCAUGCUGCAGGAGAAGGCCGGCCGCGAGGAGCAGCUGAAGCAGAAGCUCCUGGAGGAGCAGUUCUCUCUGCUCCAGGGGACGGUGAGCGAGGCGGAGAACAUCAUCCAGGACGCGGUGGCAAAGCUGGACGACCCGCUCCACGUCCGCUGCACCAGCUCCCCAGAUUACCUGGUGAGCCGGGCCGAAGCCACGCUGGCCUCCAUCGACCAUGUGAAGACGGGCCACGCCCAUUUUGUUAAGGACAUGGCAGACGCCGGGGCCCUGCUGCGGGCCCUCACCCAGUUCUCCCACCUCGCCGCCGACACCAUCGUCAACGGCAGCGCCACCGCGCACACGGCGCCCGUCGACCACGCCGACCGGCUGACGGAGAACUGCCGCAGCUGUGCCGCGCAGAGCCUGGCGUACCUGAAGGAGCUGAAGGAGCAGGCCAGCGUCCGGAGGGCCGACCCCGCCGCCGUCCGCCUCAUCGUGCAGAAGAUCCUCCACCUGGGGCAGGAGCUGCGGCCCAAGGGCUCUGACGUGCGGCAGGACGAGCUUGGCGACAUGGUGGACAAGGAGAUGGCGGCGACGCAGGCAGCCAUCGACGAGGCGGUCCGCCGCAUCGAUGAAAUGAUGAAUCAGGCACGAAAGGACACAUCGGGGGUGAAGCUGGAGGUCAAUGAAAGAAUCCUCUUCAGUUGCACAGACCUGAUGAAGGCCAUUCGCAUGCUGGUGCUGGCUUCCACAGACCUGCAAAAGGAGAUUGCGGAGGGGGGGAGGGGAGCCGCCACCCUCAAGGAGUUCUACGCCAGGAACUCUCGCUGGACAGAGGGUCUGAUCUCGGCCUCCAAGGCAGUCGGCUGGGGCGCCACGCAGAUGGUAGAGUCUGCUGACAAGGUGGUUCUUCACACGGGGAAGUACGAGGAGCUGAUCGUCUGCUCCCACGAGAUCGCUGCCAGCACGGCACAGCUGGUGGCCGCCUCCAAGGUGAAGGCGGACCGCAACAGCACCAGGCUGACGGUGCUGCAGCAGGCGUCCCGCACCGUCAACGAGAUGGCGGCCAACGUGGUGGCGUCCACCCGGACGGGCCUGGAGAACCUGGAGGAGAAGGACACCAUGGACUUCUCCGGAAUGUCGCUCAUCAAGUUGAAGAAGGAGGAAAUGGAGUCGCAGGUGAAGGUCCUGGAGCUGGAGUCUCAGCUGGAGAACGAGCGCCUCCGGCUGGGAGAGCUGAGGAAGAAGCAUUAUGGGAUAGCGGGCGCGGCCCUGGUCUCCGACGACAACGGCGUGUCGUCCUCUGCAUCCUCCCCGUCCCACGGCAGUUCGUUGUCCCCCAGGCUACAGCAGAAGCCCAGCGUCAUGAAGAAACCAACGCUGGCCCAGAAACCCAGCCUCCCGCCCAAGAGCAUGUUCAAGUGAUCAAGAGCACAAAAGAAGAACUGGACUUUGAUGGUCGGAUGCUGAGUGUCUAAGCUUCAGCCACAGACCGUUAGCACAGGGUCUCUUUUUACAGCUUUUUUAAAUCUCUCUCUCUCUCUCUCUCUCUCUAUAUAUAUAUAUAUAUAUAUAUAUAUAUAUAUAUAUAUAUAUAUAUAUAUAUAUAUAUAUAUAUAUAUAUAUAUAUAUAUAUAUAUAUAUAUAUAUAUCUCCACACAUACACAUAUACAAGUAAUUAAUAUUAUUUUUGCCAAACUGAUAAUUUGGAUCCCAGAUGCCUAUAUCCCCAUGUAUGUAGUAUUUUGAUUGUAUUCUAAAACAUGUUCAUACAGCACCACCACCUCCACUGCUGUUAGUUGGUUCUUAGAGUGUACGGCACAAGGAAAGGAAACAAGGGAAGGAACCAUGUGUUCUUAGUGUGUAAGGCACGGGGAAUAAGGGAAGGAACCAUUUGUUCUUGGUGUGUAGGGCACAGGGAACAAGGGAAGGAAGCAUGUGUUCUCAGUGUGAAGGGCACAGGGAACAAGGGAAGGAACAGUUUGUUCCUUUAUCAUGCUGAUUUGUUUCAUCUAUUUUAAACCACUGUAUAUGAGCCCCUCGUGGCUGCAGAGCCUGCUGCACUGUGUUGGAUUGUGUCUAUCCUUCUUCACAUGUAUGUUUUCUGGUGACUGAAUGGUGCUGGUGCACGUGGUGCAGGAUGAGCACAACAACACGCCUCACGUCUGUUUUCUGCACUGUUUCUGUCAUGUUCUGCUGGGUUGUGGUGCAGCCAUGCCCCCUGGUGACUGGUUCUUAACUGAUGGCCGAGGGAGUCCAUUGGAAUGUAUAGCUUUCAUAGUGUGUGUGUGUUUCACCCUCCCUCCUCUGAGUUUUGCGUAAAGGGGCUUUGAAGUGCAUCUUUUCUGUUCUGUCCUUCCUCUGUAUGUACUGUCUUUAUACACUCAGAUCUAUUAAUAUAUUUUAGUAAAGAUAAAGGUGGUUUCCAUUGUAAGAAUUGUAAAUGUGCUGAAUAAACCAUGACUGUUUAUGAUUAA